AUCCGUAUCCUCCUCCUCGGCGCCACCGGCUUCCUCGGCAGCCGCCCCCUCCCCUCCCUCCUGCAACACUCCCACACCGUGAUCCCCUACAUCCGCACCCCGUCCUCCCUCCCCGUCCCACUCCUCCCCCACCUCCCAACCAUAAUCCAAAGCGACCCUCGCUCCGCAACAACCAUAAAAUCCGCCUUCUUCGACCACAACUGCGACGCCAUCAUCAACGCAGCCGGCUACGCAGCCAUGUUCCCAUGGAGUUCCACCUCACUCCCUGAUAUCGUGGACGCAGUCAUCCAAGCAGCGGUGGAAAUCGGCCGUGAACGGGGACGACCAGUUCGGAGUGGUUUUGAGGUUGGGGUUAGUGCUAACUGUAUGUACCUCUUGUGGGUAAUGAAUAGUAUGCACAUCUUCCCCUCCCAUCAACAAACAAUCGCGAAACUUAACGCACUGCCGAAAUCAAGUUUGAAUUGGUCGUUGCUUUGUCCGGGGGUGAUGUACCCCGCUAGUGAAGAGGUCAUGUAUCCGGCAUGGUGGGGGUGGGGUAGGGAAUGCGGAUGA